AGUCAUUUUCGGUGCCGACGGUUAUGGGGCAAUGGAGCUAACCGAGCUAAUCGAGAGCAGCAUCGACUUUCCCUGCCUAUCCGGCAUCCUCGGCUGCCUAAUGUUAUCAGUCAUCUACGUCGGCAGCCUCUACGUUUGGCGCUCACCCCUCGACAGAGAUCAUCCCAGUGUAAUAAAAAGACGAUUCUUUAGUGUUUUUGUAAUGACACUGUUCUCUCCAUUGUCACUGUAUUUUGGAAUUAAUGAGAAAUUUUAUGAAGGAGCGACUUUGUGGGAGUUAUUAGGUAUAAGGUGGCCUGGAAUAAUUCAAGCAAUUAUCAUACCUUUGUGUCUUACCAUGGUUCUGUUUUUGGGCCCACUUUAUAUGCAAGGACUCAAUGGACUAUGGAGACUUUACGUUGAACCAACGUACUGGCUAGGUAGCGCUAAAACAUUAGUUUGGUGGAGAAAUCAAAUUAUUGCACCUCUUUCUGAAGAAUGGACAUUCAGAGCCUGCAUGUUGCCAUUACUUCUACAAUGUUUCGCACCAUCUACUGCCAUUUUUAUAUGUCCGCUUUUUUUCGGAGUUGCUCAUUUUCACCACCUUGUUGAAAAUACAAGGAGGGGGAUGGACUUUAAAACAGCCUUAUUGAAAUCAUGUUUCCAAUUUGCCUACACAACAGUGUUUGGAGCAUAUGCUGCAUUUUUAUUUGCUAAAACAGGUCAUUUUGCAGCCCCAUUCACAGCUCAUUCAUUUUGCAAUCACAUGGGAUUUCCCGACCUAUCAGAAGUAGUUGCUUAUGAGGAUUCUUUGGAAAGAGCUAAAUUAUUGUUAUUAUUCGUAAUCGGACUCGCAGCAUGGUGCUUUUUAUUAACACCUAUGACAAAUCCCAGUUGGUUCAAUAAUACUUUGUUUUGGCAAAAACACAUUACUGCAUAAUUCAAGACCUUGCAUAUCGCUUUUCUCUUUUUUAUAAAGUGAAAAGUUAAAAUUUUUGCAUUAUUACUUAAUAAGAAUUUUUUAAGUUAGCUUGUAACUAGUUUAUUGUAUUCAUUUCUCUUGUAGAACAUUGUAAAAAAUUGACAGUACAAGAAUUAUAGUUUACAAACUAUUUAUCAAAAAGUAUUAAUUUGAGAAUUACUUGAUAAGAAAAAUUAUUAGAUUAGAAGUUUAACACCAUUGU